AGUUGAACACAAGCACCUGUCAGUGUCUCAGUGGAGCUCGGUGGACUGCGGAUACUAACUGUACAUCAUCCCUCAGCCAGAUUUAACAAGCGUGUUACACUCCUGAGAAUGGCUUUCUCACUGCGGAAUGUUGUCUUUAUCACUGUUACACUGUGUGUGCUGCAGCAAGGGUUUGGAUAUCCACUGUCCGAACGGUCUGAAGCAUCUAACAACCCACCUGUUCUCAAACGGGUCCGCACCAAACGCUGCUCCUGUAGCAGCUGGUUGGACAACGAGUGCAUCUAUUUCUGCCAUCUUGACAUCAUCUGGGUCAACACACCAAAUAAGAUCACACCUUUCGGUCUGGGAAGCCCUCUGUCCCGUCGCCGGCGCUCCACGGGCCGCUGUGAAUGCGCCAAUCCCGCCGACCGGACCUGCUCCAGUUUCUGUCACAGCAGUUUGGAAAAUCCAGAUAUGGAGAGUGUGACCCGAUUUGAUGACCAGCCAUAUCACAUGGACAAAACUAGUGACUAUCUACUGUCAUCUCUCAGGAAGGUGGUUGUAGAAAACCUCAUGACAGCCUCACGAUCGGCUUCAACCAAGAAGAAAUCCAGAAUCAGGAAUCUCUUGAUCAGUUAGAGAGAGAGAGAGAGAGAGAGAGAGAGAGAUAAAGAGAGAUGAGGUGAUGGAGCGCUGGAACAAAACCAGUCCUGGGUGAAGAGGAUCUGCCUCGUGAGACAGACGAACUGCUUCAAGACAGAGCUGAAGCGCUGAAGAACAAAGCCUCAGUUACUUCAGAAACCUCUGUUCGCCAGAGUAAAAGAUGACAUAGGUGGUGAAAAGAAGAACAGAUCACCUUCUGCACCAGUAAAAUGGUGACAUUUCCAAAAACAGUAGAAGUACUGCAAUCAU